AUGGAACCUCUGCUCGAAACUCAAGAGUCCAAAGUUAUUGACCCUGCUUGGAAGAGAUUUGGUCCAGCAACUUUAGCAAUUGCCGCUCUAUCUUUUACCAUGGUGAUUGUGCUUCUUGGAGUCAACGUGUACUGGACAUCUGAAGAAGCAUUCAUACCAAUCUUGGACGCUGAUCCGAUAAUCACCACCUUGCCAUUCCAUCCGUUUACUAAUACUUCGACUGAAUCGCAUUCGUUUGAGUUGGCUUUACGUUGGGUGUCGUGCACCGAGGGGUUUAUAGAGAUAGAACAGCGGAAUUGCACUGAAGCUGGUAAUAUUGCGCUAUCACAAAAUCCUGUAAUCCAACAGGAGCUGUAUGAUUAUGGGCCUGAUGCUUUCUAUCUGCUACUCACCAGAGCUGAACGCAGUGCAUGGGUGAAAACGAGACGUAAAUCCAACUGUAGUCAACAACUCCCGUUUACGGUACUAGAUUCCUCUGUCUCGUCACCUGUCACAAUGACACUAUACCACCAGUAUCAGAACUAUAACGAUAUCACGGAUGUAAAUGUAAAAGGAACCAUGUUGAUUAAUUCAGUGAUCGUAAAAGACAUGGCUGUAGAAUUCCCAAAGUCGUGUCCUCCUCCCGUUUCCGGUGCUUUAUCUGCUGGCAGUUGGGUAAGAAACAAUGGAACUAGAAGACGGGAGUAUAUCUGGAAGAUGAAUGACCGUGAAAUUGAUACCGCUGUAAUGAUGUUUGAUAGACAGGAUAAAACACUACAUCCAUGUUUAGUAGAAGGACCAGGUCGGCCUACUGUAAAUAUUACCAUAGUGGGAGACUCCCAUAUGCGAGUGUCCACGUCAGAGCUAUUAGCUAGAUUGAAUGGAGUCAUAGAUAGAGAUUACAAGGAAAGUAUGUCAAUAUAUGGUGCCUACACAGAUUGGAAGGCAUCGCCCCCUUUGGAUACCAAGGUCAUCAAGGUCGGAAGGCUGUGGAUCCGACUAAUAGGCGACGCACGGCUUGUAGAUGAUUUCGCAUGGACGGAAAACAAUACUGUUACCAUGACGUCCGAUAUAAUUGUUUUCUCGUACGGUCAAUGGGUCAUUCGUGAUUUGAAUCAUGGGUAUGACGCUAUCUCGGGACAUUGGCCUACUCAGCAGUAUCUCAAUCGGUUGAGGAAUUACGCGGAAAGUCUCGCAACGUAUAGGACGGCUAGGAGUGAGACUGGAAGGGAGUUGAGAGUGUUUUUUCAGACAAUGCCGGCGUAUAAGCAGGACAAUGGGACGAGAGUCAAGUUUGCUGAAGUGCAGGAUAUGAGGACGCAUCGGAGGAUGCAGUAUCGAGUCGACAAGAGUAUAGAGAUGAUGUCGGAAUUCAACAUUACGGUGUUUGAUUACUUUAAGUAUACCCUCGCCUGGAUUGACAAGUCUCCAGAUAAUCUGCAUUAUCCAUUAACUGAUGCUACAGCUGCACUAAUUGAUGAAUGGCUACACUCAACUUUCUCAACUCCAUACAAGAAAACUACUCGGACUACUGCUUGGAUGGCUCCAGAUACGUCUGGCACCAAUACAGCUCGUGACAAGUCUAAAUCACCGCAGAAACCCCAACAUCAAAUUCGGAACGUUCCAUCAGCAGAACGAAAUUCAUAUCUACCUACGCAGGGACCAAGCUCAUCGGCACUGGGCGAUUCAUUCAAUACAACGAUUGGAACUGGAUCUGUAUCAGAAUCGUCAAGAACAAGUCCCAGUAACCAGUCAUCUCAAACCGCAUCUACCACUGUAUCGCAACGAACGCCCGGAAUUGUUUCGUUAGGCCGACAAUCUACAGAAAGGGGUGUGAGAAAUCGGCAAGAUACUCCUCGACCAGACAGUCCGUCAGGAUCUCCUUUAUCAGCUUCAAAGCGAAUCAGUAAUCAUGGUCAAGUGAGAAACUCGUAUCUUCCUGAUGAGGGGAAAUCUACGUCGGCGCUUGGAGAUGCGUUUAAUACGACGGUUGCUGAUACUGUAGAGUCAAACAUAACCACUGAAUCUUCCCAUCGUGAAAUCGUCAGUCGCGAAAGUUCUCCUGCCCCAGUCUUUGUAUCUACACUAAGACCACAGCCUCUUGGGAUCCCCCCAACAUCGAAAGCUAAGAGCACGUCCCGAGCAGUAUCUCCUCGAAGAUCCCGUAUGGCUACAUUUGGACUGGAAGAUGCCGAAUUCGGUUCUCCAGAUUCGGCAACCACUAUAACUCCAGGCUUGGCUGCUUUUACUCGUCCACUACCGCAACAGCAGCAGCGAGGCAAUGGUCAUUCUCUACAUGCCGAUAUGGAAGUCAGCAAGUUUUCUGAAGGGUUGGAUAAGUGGACUGGGUUGAUGAAGAGAGCGAUUCUUGCCGAUUUUGUUGAAAUUAAAGGCGAUCUAUCUUCAAGACUAAUUGAUCAACAUGCACAAGAGUCUCAAAUACUAAACGACGGACUAGCCGAAUAUGGACGACAGAUAGCAGAUCUCAGCAAGAAUCUGAAUGAGGCAGAGAAGAUAUCAUCUGCUCGCUUGAAGCUGGUUGAAGCCGCAGCUACGUUUCUCAUCAACAAGCGCUCAAAAGCGGUAAUGUUUUUGGCCUUUGCAAGAUGGAGGCUUCGAUAUGCUGAAGUACGUAAAACGAUCAUGUGUGAUACGAUGGCGAUCAAACACCAUCGUCGAGCUUUGCAAAGGAAGGUGUUCGAGUCGUGGCAGCAUGAGAUUGGUGCUUCUUGGCGGAAGAGAGAAGCCAAAAAGAUCAAGAUGGAGUCUGAGAGGACCUUGGAGACUCUAGCAUUGAGUUAUGAGAAGCGGAUAUCAGAGCUCACGAAUAAGCUCAACGAUACCCUGGUAGCCCUCAAAGAGUCAGAGGUCAAACGAGCAGCACAACAAGCUGACAUGAAGCAAGCCUUUAUGAGGGGUGUGUGUGCUCUCAAUAUGGAAGCGCUGACUGUAUUCGGAGAUGCCACAGUCGAUCAAGCAGUGAACCAUGAUGACGCUGCAUCAAACUCACAGCCAGUUGAAUCAAAUCGUCAUGUAUCUAUAAACACCACCACCACUGCGGCAGCAACAACAACACCGCUAAAUCGCUCCGUAUCUGAAAACUCCGCUGCAUAUGCACACAAUCCACAACCAAUCUCUCAGCAAUCACUUAAUAGUACACCAUCGGUAUCAGCACAAACUCCAUUUCAAUCAUCGACAUCAUCAUCGCAUCGAGCACAAACGUAUUCUGCUCCUGUAAAUAGUAGUAAUAGUGCAUCUCUUCAACCGAGAGGUGUAUAUGUGACGAGGCAUAUAGUGCCAACGCCAUCAUCACCGGAUAUUCCGAGGCGGAAUAAUGUGCCUGUACCUCAAAGGUAUCCUAGUCGUGGAUAA